AUGCUUGAUAAGGGACAUUCUGCAUUAGUUAUGGAGAACAGAAAAUACAUGAAAGCUGUGGUGGAAAGUCUGCGCUUCACAGCCUGCCAGGGCAUCGCACAGCGAGGCCACAGAGAGGCUUUACCCAGAGCUACAGUAAGAGUAACACCACACAGAUCUGUGUUCACUGGAGAGACAGUCACACUGAAGUGUGAGAUAGAGGAUCAGUACAGAUCAUUAAACUGGACAUAUCAGUGGAAUAACAGUCAUCCUGAAGUGUUUAACACUAAGCGUUACACUAUAAACAGAGACUCUCUCACUAUCACUGGAGUUACUGAAUUUGAUCGGGGUCGGUUCUGGUGUAGUGCAGUGAUACACGGACGACCACAAACUUCAGUAUUAAGCACUACUGGAUAUCUCAAUGUGAAUGUUUUACCCAGAGCUACAGUAAGAGUAACACCAGACAGAUCUGUGUUCACUGGAGAGACAGUCACUCUGAAGUGUGAGAUAGAGGAUCAGUACAGAUCAUUAUACUGGAAAUAUCAGUGGAGUAAAGGCACAACAAAAGUCUCCAAGUUUCAGCAUUACACUGUAAACGGAGACUCUCUCACUAUCAUUGGAGUUACUGAAUCUGAUCAGGGCCGGUUCAGCUGUAGUGCAGAGAUAGAUGGACGACCACAGACUUCACUAUCAAGCUCUGCUGUUCAUCUUACUGUGAAAGGUGAGUUCAGUCUUGCUGUAAAAUGGAGAAGUUAA